AUGACUAGGUUCGUUGACCCAUCGUUUGCAUUCGCAGUUAAUUUAAAUUAUCUGAUUUUGUGGAUCGUCUCUUUACCAUUGGAACUAGUGGUCGCAUCAAUUAUUAUGCUAGUAUUGAUAGUAUCCUCCUGGGUUUCUUUAUUCCCAGUAGGAGAACCUAGUGCGGAUACAGAAGCUUUCUUCGAAGGCUAUUUAUCUGUCACCAUUUUAAUAGCAUGUCAUAUCGGUUCUAAAAACUGGCAAUUAUUAAUACCAUUAAAGGAUUUUGAUCUAAAUCUAGGAAGAAAAGAACGAACACAGAAAAAUUUAGACAAGAAUUAG